UCCUUGUCCUCCCUGCUGCGAGUUGCCCGCCCUCUGCCCGCUCCUCCUUCUGCUCUCUGGGCUGCCGGUGGCGGCUGGGAAGGAGAGUGGCGCGCGAUCUGCCGGAGCGCGGGGUUGGAAGGCGGCGGCGGUAGCAUUUUCUGAAGUUGUUCAGUGAGAUUUCCCAGGAUCGCUGCAGGCAGAAAUAGGUGAGGCCGCUGUGGCCUGACCACCGACCACCGACCUCCAGACUACGACCAGUGUCACAGCACCCAUGCCGCCCGCUCGAGACUGCGCUGCUGCCGCUGGCUGCAGGAGUGAAUGACCGUGUCUGGACUUCCUUCCCAGGCCGCCAGCGCCGCCUCCAGCUCCACCGGCCGGCUAUUUUGAUUAACCCCUGGAUUGCCACCUUGAACUUCAAUAUGUGUCAUGUCAUUGUCACCUGCCGCUCGAUGCUCUGGACCCUCCUGAGUAUUGUGGUGGCCUUUGCGGAGCUCAUUGCCUUUAUGAGCGCAGACUGGCUGAUAGGGAAGGCCAAGGGCCGUGGUGGCGUUGGGGCUGAGCCGACAGCAGAGGGGAGCCCUGAACUCCCGCACCCCACGCUGGGCAUUUACGCACGCUGCAUCCGAAACCCUGGCUUGCAGCAUGUCCCGCGCGACACGCUGUGCGGGCCCUAUGCCGAGAGCUUCAGCGAGAUCGCCAGUGGCUUUUGGCAAGCCACCGCGAUCUUCUUGGCUGUGGGGAUCCUCAUCCUCUGCGUGGUGGCCCUGGUGUCCGUCUUCACCAUGUGUGUGCAGAGUAUUAUGAAGAAGAGCAUCUUCAACGUGUGCGGGCUCCUGCAGGGAAUCGCGGGCCUAUUUCUCAUCCUUGGUCUUAUUCUCUACCCUGCUGGCUGGGGCUGCCAGAAAGCUGUAGACUACUGUGGCCCCUAUGCAUCUGCCUACAAACCUGGAGACUGCUCUUUGGGCUGGGCCUUUUACACUGCCAUCGGCGGCACAGUCCUCACCUUCAUCUGUGCUGUUUUCUCCGCACAAGCAGAAAUCGCCACCUCCAGUGACAAAGUACAGGAAGAAAUUGAGGAAGGGAAAAACCUUAUCUGCCUCCUUUAGUGUGGAAAGAUACAUUAACGCCAUUUUGUUCCUGUGUAAUCUUGUGAGACAGUCCACGCCGUAUGAAUCAAGUGGAGAAACAGACUUCACCUACCGAAGCCACAUUCCACAGCCCAGGCCUUCACAGGACUCGUGAGAGGGAACACCCGGCUCAGCACAGUUACGCCCUGACUGCAGCUGUGGGGUCCGCUCAGACUCAAUUUUCCCAGGGCUCCAUGAAGGAUAAUGAUCAGAAUCAUGAAGGCACUGUCCCUCUGGCAGCAGAGGACACGUAGUUGGCUGCUAGCCUGACAGGCUGUUUUGAGGACCAAAGAGGAAGUUUCUGGCCUGCGGCUGCAUGUCUGUGCACACCUCUGCCCUAGGAUGAGGUCUCAAGUUGGUGUUUCAGGUUUCUUAGUUCUUUCAUGUGUUGUUUCAGUUGGAAAUUUAAAGAAAGAUCACAAACUCAGUGGGGGUAGGACGUAUGCCAAAGGGGUCCUCUAAAACAGCCUAGGACUUACUCUAGGCUGAAUUCCAAGGGAAAGUGGAUCAGCACACCGUCACUCCAGGGUGUUAGGAAUGUCAGGAGAGACUGAGGACAGCAGUGCAGACCCUGGCCAAGUGAAGACAGUUUCCUCUUCCUGCAGCCAGGCUAGCGCCCAUGCAGGCCCAGCCUGCUGCUCCUUGAGGUUAAGAUUGUGCUGCGAUUGCCGAAGGAAACCUGUUUCCUUCUGGGGACAGCAGGCUCCACCCCAGCUGUGGCACAGGCAGGUGCUCACAGGAACGAACUGCCAAAUCUCGGCCCUGGGGGACCUUUCCUGCUCGGUGAUCCUGCCUUAGUCACCUGGAUUCCCAACCCCUAUAGCAGCAAAACAGGAUUCUUUGCAGGAAAAAGAACCCAGUGAUUGGAGUUAAGCUUCUCUAGUCGCAGGUGUUGAUCCUGAAGACUGAAAUAACAUUAAGCUGCUGCAACUGAACAACUGCGCCAAAGACUUGGAAAGCAGAAUAGGAAGUUUAUGUAAAACCCAAGCUAAACCAAGCUCACAGCACCUGCCUAUGCGUUUACAGAAACAAUCAAACACCACUAUUUCUGAGGAAAAGAGGAUUUAGAACUCAUAAUAUAGUUUCCAUAAGUUACCAAUAUAAUUGAUCUGGGCAGGGUGUAAUGAGAAUCAGCAGAGCUGCCGAAAUCACGCAGCCUGACCUAAUUCGUGUGUCAGAUACUGCAGAGGGAGAAACACCCCUCACCAACUAAAUGCUGCCAUGGCUGGAAGGAUUAAGACUGUGAGUCUCUUUGGGUUUAUGCAUCUAUUCACAGAGGAUGUUAUAUGAAAAAUGUAACAGCUACUAUGCAUCUUCUAUUGGCAAGGUAUUGUGCACUAAGUACCACCAGGUAUUCAGACCUUACUCAAAAGUUACAACUUUGCACUAGUGAGUGAGGUCAAAGCUGUGUUGAGUCUGGAACCAUGGGAGGCAGAACGUGUAACUGCUUUACAGAAAUGG